AUGGCGACCAAAAUGACGGCCAUACGCCCUGGCUCCAGCGCCAUUCGCUCUUUGUCCAGAAGAAGACCUUCGUGUUCCCAAUCCUUUUCCUCCACUACCUCGGCAGCGGCCCUGUCGCCCUACCGAAAAUCCCCCAAAACCUCCCCUGAACAGUCGAGAAGACCUGCGACGACUGCGGCCGCUCAAGCACAAACCACUCGACCGAUCCCGAGUCCUGCAUUCAACAACGACUUCCGCCGGAAUGAGCCCUCACCCUUGGUUAACAGGCAAAUGCCUGAGCUUGACGACUCGUUCGUCGGCCUUAGCGGAGGAGAAAUCUUCCACGAAAUGAUGCUGCGACAGGGCGUCAAACACAUCUUUGGCUACCCUGGCGGUGCCAUCCUCCCAGUUUUCGAUGCCAUUUACAACUCAAAACACUUUGACUUUAUUCUACCCAAACAUGAACAAGGAGCCGGUCAUAUGGCAGAGGGGUAUGCCAGGGUAUCCGGAAAGCCUGGCGUCGUCCUCGUGACUUCCGGUCCCGGCGCAACAAAUGUCGUAACCCCGAUGCAAGAUGCGCUGUCGGAUGGGACGCCCAUGGUCGUGUUCUGCGGCCAGGUGCCCACGACCGCCAUCGGCACCGAUGCUUUCCAAGAAGCUGAUGUGGUAGGGAUUUCAAGAGCCUGCACAAAGUGGAAUGUGAUGGUCAAGAGUGUGGCGGAACUGCCCAAGAGAAUAAAGGAAGCUUUUGAGAUCGCCACCUCGGGAAGACCUGGUCCCGUGCUCGUGGAUUUGCCCAAAGAUGUCACGGCUGGCAUUCUACGGAGGCCCAUACCGAUGCAAUCGACCUUGCCGUCACAUCCUUCUGCAGCAACCCUUGCUGCGCGAGAGCUCUCCCGGAGACAGUUGGAGGGCACCAUCUCGCGGGCAGCCGACCUUAUCAAUAUUGCCAAGAAACCGGUCAUAUAUGCGGGCCAAGGUAUCUUGGGAUCUCCCGAAGGUCCCAAGCUGCUGAGAGAACUGGCCGACAAGGCUUGUAUCCCCGUAACGACAACCCUCCAAGGCCUUGGAGGCUUUGAUGAGCUUGACCCCAAGUCUUUACAUAUGCUCGGUAUGCACGGCGCCGCCUAUGCCAACAUGGCAAUGCAAGAAGCCGACCUCAUUAUCGCUCUGGGAGCUCGCUUCGACGACCGAGUAACCCUCAACAUCGCCAAGUUCGCGCCCGAAGCGAAGAGAGCUGCAGCCGAGAAACGAGGAGGUAUUAUACAUUUUGAGAUCAUGCCCAAGAACAUCAACAAGGUCGUCCAGGCGACUGAAGCUGUCGAGGGUGACGUGACGACUAACCUGGCCGAGCUGGUACCCAAAGUGAAGCCAGUGAAAGAACGGCCCGAGUGGUUCGCACAGAUCAGCGACUGGAAAAAGCGAUUCCCGUUGAACAGCUACGAAAAGGAGACGCCCGACGGCUUGAUCAAGCCGCAAACAUUGAUUGAAAAGCUCUCAGAUAUGACGUCCCACAUGAAAGAGAGGACCAUUAUCGCGACGGGUGUAGGGCAACAUCAAAUGUGGACCGCGCAGCAUUUCCGAUGGCGACAUCCCCGGUCGAUGGUCACAUCGGGUGGCCUUGGUACGAUGGGUUACGGUCUGCCAGCCGCCAUUGGUGCUAAAGUUGCCGCACCGGACGCCCUCGUUGUCGACAUUGACGGUGACGCCUCGUUCAACAUGACCUUGACGGAACUCAGCACGGCCAACCAAUUCCAGAUCGGCGUCAAAGUGAUCGUGUUGAACAACGAGGAACAAGGUAUGGUGACGCAGUGGCAGAGUCUUUUCUACGAAGACCGAUUCGCACACACCCACCAGAAGAACCCCGAUUUCGUCAAACUCGCAGACGCCAUGGGUGUGCCGGCACGGAGGUGCUUGAAGCCCGCCGACGUGGAGGAAAGUUUACGGUGGUUGAUCGAAGGCAGCGGCCCAGGCCCGGCGCUCUUGGAGGUUGUCACCGACAAGAAAGUGCCCGUGCUGCCCAUGGUGCCGGCAGGCAAGGCGCUGCAUGAGUUUUUGGUUUACGACGAAGCGAAAGAAAAGGAGCGGAGAGCCAUCAUGAAGCAACGGUCUGGCCAUUAA